CUAGGAGCACAGAGAGCAAGAGGGGGGGAUGAGGGGCGAAGAAGUGGAUCGGGACCAGGCUACACAGGGCUUCGGGGACCACAAAGGCGGGUCCCUCAGCAGUGAGGACUGGAAGGGGAGGAGGCCCAAGACCGCAGCCAGUGCCAUCUCAUCUUCGCUUCAAAAAUGAUCAGCUUCAGGGACUUCCCUGGUGGUCAAGUGGUUAAGACUCUGUGCUUCCCCUGCAGGGGCACGGAUUUGAUCCUUGGUUAGGGAACUAAGAUACCACAUGCUGCAUGGCAUGGCCAAAAAAAAAAAAAAUGCCACUUCAGGAGUGUCUGGCUGUUCGUGAUCACACGUCCCUGACCCUGUCCCUGGCUUGUCCUUCCUCCAGGCCCUUGACCACACCUGAGCCCCUUCCCCCAUCUGGGGGAAUCCUCGGUGGUGCUACCCGCCCCACAAUCUCAUUAGUGUGGCGUCAAGACACAGUCCUAAUCAGCUUACCCGGCUGCAGGAUAAAUGACCAGCCAGCACCCUGCUGAGGGAGGCCUGCCACUCACACCCCUGGUCCCCUGAGACCUGUCCCAGUACUUGGGUUUUCUCUGCUCUGGUGGGUAGAGACCUGUAAGGGGCGUCGAAAGCCGGAGGGUCCACAGUGCGAGGCAGUCCAGAAGCUGAAAGUUGCCGCGGGGUCGCUGCGGGGUCUCUUGCCAGCCUGGCCAUGAACCUGGAGCCACCCAAGGCUGAGAUCCGGUCGGCCACCAGGGUGAUGGGGGGGCCCGUCACUCCCAGGAAAGGGCCCCCCAAAUUUAAGCAACGGCAAACCAGGCAGUUCAAGAGCAAGCCCCCCAAGAAAGGUGUCCAAGGGUUUGGUGACGACAUCCCUGGAAUGGAAGGCCUCGGAACAGACAUCACGGUCAUCUGCCCAUGGGAGGCCUUCAACCACCUGGAGCUGCAUGAGCUGGCCCAGUACGGCAUCAUCUAGCACCGGACCCUGGCCCUCAGCCCCUCCACGCUGCUGCCCGCUCCGACCCCUGCUCAGGAUUCCUGGGAGGAGGGCCGCCCCCCUGGGGGUGGGGUCCAGAGUGUCCAGAUUGUGUGUGGAGACCCUCGCGAGUGACGACCUCGGGCCCCGGAAGCUAGUUACCAGGAGCCCCACCAGCUCCCUGCAGGACACCCUCUUGGGCUGGGCCAGGCCCUGCUUAACUUCUGGAGGUAGUGGUCCACAGACCCUCUCCUCCCAUGGCUGGAAAGCUAGGGCAGGCCUCCCAGGAGUGUCUCCCACAUCCCACCCCCUGUCCUGCCUGUCUGGGGGGUGAGGACGAGCUCCGCCCAUCAGCCCUUCCCAGCUGAGGCCCUUGGGCCGGCAGGGUGGAUGGCAGGAGUCCUGUGAGCAUCAGUGAGAGAGCGAGACCCCUCUGGACCAGUCACACCAGCGGGAAGCUUGUCCUUUCCAGCAUGGCCCAUGCCUGCUGUCCUGUUUCAAAUAAAAUUAGCGGGCCCCCCA